GCAGGAGCCCUGGCCGGGAGGCGCGGAGCAGGGAAGCGCUGUGUCUGCCCCCUCCCGAGCAGCCCCCUCAGCUCCUUGCCAGCAUCCCGCCGGCUGGCUGACGCGGGCGGGAGCCAAUCAGGGCGCGAGGCCUGUGACAGACGCGGCGGCCCUUCCCCAGCGCCGCGCCGCUAGGCUGUGGAGCUGGCAGCCCGGGCGCAGAGCGCAGCGAGGGAGGGCUCACGGCGGCUGCUCGCGAGCGGGACACGCUCACGCGGACGCGCAUCCUCUCCCCGGGCAGCGCCCGCCGCCCGCCCCCCGCAGCCCGCGAGCGAGACAAAGCAAAGAUGGCAGGGCUGCUCGCCUGGUUCUGGAACGAGCGGUUCUGGCUGCCGCACAAUGUCACCUGGGCGGAUCUGAAGAACACGGAGGAAGCCACCUUCCCGCAGGCGGAGGACCUGUACCUCGCCUUCCCGCUGGCCUUCUGCAUCUUCCUGAUCCGCCUGCUCUUCGAGAGGUUUAUUGCUAAACCCUGUGCCUUAGGUCUUAAAGUCCAGGCCAAUGGACCACAGAAAGCCCAACCUAAUGCUAUUCUGGAAAAAGUUUUCACUGCAAUUACAAAGCAUCCAGAUGAAAAAAGACUGGAAGGCCUCUCCAAGCAGCUGGAUUGGGAUGUACGCAGUAUUCAGCGGUGGUUUCGACAAAGACGUAACCAGGAAAAGCCCAGUACUCUUACAAAGUUCUGUGAGAGCAUGUGGAGAUUUACAUUUUAUCUUUAUAUAUUUACCUAUGGGGUCCGGUUCCUGAAAAAGACACCCUGGCUCUGGAACACAAGACAGUGCUGGAAUGGAUACCCGUAUCAGUCACUGAUACCUGAGCUUCAUUACUACUACAUAGUCGAGCUAUCAUUCUACUGGUCUUUAAUGUUUUCUCAGUUCACUGACAUCAAAAGAAAGGAUUUCAGCAUCAUGUUUACGCAUCACAUUGUAACCGUCAUUUUGAUAUCCUUUUCAUAUGUAACCAAUUUGACACGAAUAGGAGCCAUGACCUUAUGUCUUCAUGAUGCAGCUGACAUUUUGCUAGAGGCUGCCAAAAUGGCAAACUAUUGCAAGUGUCAAAAACUGAGUGACCUCCUGUUCCUUAUGUUUGCCAUUGUCUUCAUCGUCACUAGGCUUGGCAUAUAUCCUUUGUGGAUAUUAAACUCAAUGCUGUUUGAAUUGUAUGAAGCUUUGGGCAAUUUUCCUGCCCUGUGGUUCUUUAACCUAUUGCUCAUGGUACUUCAAGUCCUGCACUGUUUCUGGUCUUAUCUAAUCAUAAAAGCAGCUUAUAAAGCUAUCUCCAGAGGCAAGGCUGGGAAGUGGAACCUUUUGCAUGUAGCAAAGGAUGACCGAAGUGAUGUUGAGUCCAGUUCAGAUGAGGAAGAUUCAGUACCUCGUCCAAAGAAUCCACACAACGCUACCGCCACGAAUGGGACCAGUGGUGCCAAUGGAACAAAUGGAUAUCUUACUGGUAGCACUUGUUCAGAGGACCAUUAAUCCUUGAGCUAACACAUGAAAUAUGAACAAAGUGAACUGUUUACUACUAGAAGUAAAUAAUAAAUUGUGAAUGCGGUUUCUUCAUAUAUCUCAGAAUCAGAAAAAAAAAUUAGGAGUAUCAAAGCAUACUGAUAGUGCACUGCCAUAUUUCCUGUUUGUGAAUGAAGAGACACACCAUUCUGUAUAUGUAGGCAUGCUGUAUGUGUAUGUAAUUGACACUAUGGGAGCAGUAUUUUUAUUUGUACUGUCUUAGAAUAUUAUUUAUUUUGAAUAUAUUUUGGGGCUUAGGGACAAAAGGACAUGUCCUUACUCUUCGGCUCUUUAGAUUCUCAGUGGUGGAGACUGACACUCUAAGAUCUCUUCCGUCCAUUCCUAUUGCUGUUGCCCAGUCUUCUAUAAGUAGUAGUCUGCUUGAUUUUUAUCACCUGCAGUAAGCUAUAACAUGGCUUUUACAGAUUCUAGCUCAGCUCCAGAUAGUUUUGCUAUCUAUGUGUUUUAAAGUGCUAGUUUUGAUAUCACCUCUGAAAUCACAGUGGCCAUUUCCCCAAUGUAAAGUUUUAAAAUUAUGGAUUAAUAUUUUAAAUUGUGUCUAAUGUGGUCAAUUAGCAAUUCAGACAAAUCUGUGGUUACCGCAGGGUAUUAAUUUAGCAUUGUUUUAAACUCAAUUGGUGGUUAAUUGCAUUAGGAUAGACUUGAUUACUUGUGCAAAUACCCAAGAUACCUUAUAUCAAUAGCUAUGAUAAACUCAAAUUUGCAGGUUAGUUCUGCUUUGCAAAUUUUAACUCUACAGACUUUAGUUUCUUGCGUAGAUUUCAUGCUGAGAGAUGAUCUAGUGUCAGAAAAGUGGUGUUUGAAUUUGAUGAGUGCAUUGUUGUGAAUCCAGAAUUCAUUCCUGAACUUGACGAUUUGCUCCUCUGAGCAGGGAAGGAUGAGAGCAGCAGCCCAAUGACAAAACAGCAGCUUCAACAGACAGUGGAGGUCUUGUGCUUAUCACUCUUGUCAAAUAGAAAGAGGGAGACCGCAGAAUGUUCUGCACUAGCAGGAGAAGUUUAUUCAUAGCCAACUUUUUUUAGGGUGCUUCAGGAUUUUUUAUUGAAUUGAGAAAUAAAGCAUAGAAUGGCUGUAUAAUAAUUUUGCUCUUCUAUUCAAUCUGAGAUUUAUGUGUAGCAGCAAACUGUGCCUGGAAAGGAGUCGGUGAGAGUAGGAAUAGACUUUCCCUUUUUUCAUAUGAUCUUCGAUUUCUAGAAAAUCCAUGGGUGAAGUAUUGCAAGAAUCUCUUUUAUGUUCUGUGCUUAUUAAUGGCAGCACCAGCAGGAGGAGUAUUUCUGGAGAACAAUCUCUAUGCAUCCUGCUCUUCAACAGUGUUGAAUAUGUGUGCACAGAAGCAAUGUGCAUAUAGACCAAAGAAAUUUAGGAGGCAGUCAGGAGUAAAGCAGAAACAAAAAUCAUCUGUGGUGUUACCAGGAGUGAGAGUGCCAUCCUCAUCAGGAGCACUGUGAGGCAGAAAGUACUUUUGUUUCCUCACACCUAUGCAAGUAUCAAAACACAGAUGAUUUCUCAGGCUAUAGAAUAUUAUUAGUGGCUUUAUUCCAUAUGAAUGGUCCUGAAAAAGGUGGCAAGACCAUUUAUUUCUUUUGAAAGACUGAUAUUUAUCCCAUCCCUUUACCCAUUUAGUGUUUUGUGAUGGUGCUUGAAAGUCUCUGGAACCAUCAUUAUGUGCAAAGGCCCUUUGUACUAGCCAAAAAUGUGAGAUAGAAAAGGCAAAACAUCAAGAGUAAAAAUGGCCCUUUUGCUGCAGGGAGGAUAAAUGCAAGAAUAAUUGCAGAGCAGAAAAGAUGGAAGGAAAGGUAGAUGUAAUAGUCUGUACAGAAAAUACCCUCCAUAUAAAAUCUGAAAUGAUACACUGAUGUUGGGAUUAUUAGAGAGAGCUUUUAUAGUGAAACUGUAUUUGAAGUAUGUAGUGAAUUAAAAAUAUAAUCUCUGAAAGACCAGCUGCCAAGAUUACCAUUCAGAAUAAAGGUUUAGACAUUGAUGUUAUGUUCCUUAUGCAAAGACGAGUGUAGGAAGUAGGAUGUCUCAGAAAGGGUGUGUCUAGACUAAAGGGUUUUGUCGACAAAAGUGGACUUUUGUCGACAAAACUAUACCUGCGUCUAUACUGCUGCUGAGUUCUGUCGA